AUGCUGUGUUGUUCGAUGGUCGAAACAAUAUCGUGAAGAAAUAGUAAUUCGCACUCCUUUUUGGCUCCUUCAGUGAUUUCAACUUUGGAGGUCGUUUUCAUUCUUUUCUUGAAACCCAUUCUCUUGAAGAGGCUUUUUGCCCAACUGUUAUCAAUUUUAAUAUGCCCCAACUCAAAUUGAGGGUUUCGUGAUAUUAGAGCUUUCGCUGCAGCGGUUGCAACUGUUCUUGAAACAACACCUCCUCGAUUUCUCAGUGCAAUUAAAAAUCUUUGUACCAUCUCAUCUAGACUGCCAAGGAACAGAGGUCUACCGCGUUUCAAAGGAACAAAUUUGGUUACCACGCUACGUUUUUCUCGGGUUGAAUCUUUCAGCUCUUUUUUGUAAAGAUUGCCAAAUCUUCGAGCUGUACUCUCACUUAACGGCCUGUCUUUGGUUUGAAACUUUGUGAUUGCAGCCGCACCACCAUGAAUCGCAACAUAUUUUCCGAUAUCAAAUCUUUCUUUUUCUGACCAACGGUUGUAUGAUUUUUUGCCACUGGAUUUAACAUUUUCAGUCGCGUCUGUAACAGCUUCGUAGUCUAACGAACCAAGGGAUGAUUCUUGCUGGAAGUCAGUUGGUUGUGGGCCUAAAAUGAAUAAAACGAACCACUAUGUAAUUGCGAAUUUUGACCAAAAAUUAAAAAUUUUCAAACAAAGAAAGAAACUUCUUCGCAGGUAGGUAUAACAAAAAAAAACAUCAAAGAGAAAUACUUACUUUGUUCCCUAGAACUGUUUGAAGGUGUUUCGUCUGAAGUUUUUUCCUUUUCAGCGGCCCUUUGUUGAGCUUCUUUCUCUUGUAAUUUAGCUAACUUCCUGAUGUAAGACAUUUUGAAAGCCGGGAGAUAAAAAAGGAAACAGCUAGAAAAGAAAAGACGUCCAUAUGGCUUACAACAAGACGUUCGAGUUUACAGCUGCUGUCAGAGGAUUCCAUUAUUAUAAAACUUAUUGGAAACCUGAGGAAAAUCAAUCACUGGACUGCUUUCAUGAGAACAACAAUGUUUUCGAUAGAUUUGCAAUCAAAGUUUGUGAAUUCGGAAAUGACAAACCAGUUGGCCAUUUACCCAAAGAAAUCUCAAGGGUUACAAAAUUUCUUCUGGACAGAGGAGCGUCUAUGAAAUCCACGUUGACAAGUGUACACUAUCGAAGAUCACCUCUCGUUCAAGGAGGCUUGGAGAUCCCCUGUAAAAUAACUGUUACUUUACCAGGGACAGUAAACAAUCUUUUGGUUCUUGCAAGAUACCAACAACUUGUAGAAGCCUUGUAUACAGAGCCGAAAGAGGAAUUGAUUCUUGGUUCGUUCUUACAUAUUGCAGUUAUUUUAGAUGUCGUGGUUCCAACCGAAGAGAGACCAAAGCGUAAAAAAAAUACAGCCAAAAGCCAAAGCAAAGAGACGAAAAAGCAAAAAGAUAUUCGAAACUUUUUUGGAAACACCUCAGCUGCACCAGCCCCAAAAAGGCAAAAAGUUAACAACAAACCUAAAAAGUCGUCACCAUCGUCAAGCAAGGACUUAGAAAUCAUAAAUAUUGAUUAAAAAUUAUCUUGUAUUAGAGGUUUAUUAUGACAUAAUAUUUCUAGCGCAAAGGUAUAUUUCUAAAAGAUAUAAAAAAUUGAAAAAAAGUU